AUGGCCUCCAUGUCUUUCUCAGAAGAGGACUUGUCCUGUCCUGUGUGCUGUGAAAUAUUUAAGGAUCCAGUUCUCCUGACCUGCACCCACAGCAUCUGUAAAGGCUGUCUGAAGACUUUCUGGGAAACCAAAGUAUCCAGAGAAUGUCCAGUAUGCAGGAGAAGGUGCUCAAAGGACAUAUAUCCUGUCAACCUGGUUCUAAGGAAUCUGUGUGAGAGUUUCUCAAAGGGGAGAAGUCCGCAAGAACCACUCUGCAGUUUACACCGUUCAGAACUCAAGCUCUACUGUGAGGAUGACAAACAGGUUUUGUGUGUGGUGUGCCGAGACUCUAAGCUGCACAAAAAACACAACUGCAGUCCCAUCAGUGAAGCAGCACAUGAUCGUAAGGAAGGACUGAAGGGCAAAUUGCAGCCCAUACAGAACAAGCUGGACACCUUUAAGAAGGCUAAAGAAACCUGUGAUAAAACUGCCCAACACAUUACAGUCCAGGCCCAACACACAGAGAGGCAGAUCAAGCAGGAGUUUGAGAAGCUUCACCAGUUUCUACGAGAUGAAGAGGCAGCCAGGAUAGCUGCACUGAGGGAGGAAGAGGAGAAGAAGAGUCAGAUGAUGAAGGAGAAGAUUGAGAAGAUGAGCAGAGAGAUCUCAUCUCUUUCAGACACAAUCAGUGCCAUAGAGAAGGAGAUGGGAUCUGAUGACAUCUCAUUUCUACAGGUUGCUCCUGUGAUUCUGGAUCCCAACACUGUGGACCCGCGCCUCGUCCUGUCUGAGGAUCUGACCCGUGUGAGAUGGGGGGGUGUAGAGCAGCAGCUCCCUGAUAACCCAGAGAGGUUCGAUCAGCUUCUAUGUGCCCUGAGCUGUGAGGGCUUUAACUCGGGGACUCACUGCUGGGAUGUGGAGGUUGGAGACUGUGAUUACUGGGAAGUGGGAGUGCAGAGAGAGUCUGGGGAGAGGAAGGGAUUGGAUUCCAUCAGAAGUGGAGUCUGGAGACUCCAUCAUUAUCAUGGUAAAUACACAGCACACUCCCCAUCACAGCGAGACACCACCAUCAAACUGAAGCAGAAGCUCCAGAGGAUCAGAGUGCAGCUGGACUGGGCCAGAGGGAAACUCUCUUUCUUGAACCCUGAGAAGAAUAGCACACACUUACACACUUUCACACACACCUUCACGGAGAAACUGUUUCCGCUCUUCAUCAGUGGCUCCUCUCUGAGUAUUUCACCGAUGAAGGCUGCAGUAUCAGUAGAGCAGCUCAGGUAG